AGGAAAGGAGAACAUAUGGAGUGGAGAAUUAGGAAAAAGAAAUUCCAGAAAUAUGCCCUCUGUCUGAGCGGAAAAUAAAUACCUUAAUGAAGAAGUCGUCCCGGUAAAAAGAGAGAACGGAUAUACUGCUAUGAAAGCCUGAUGAGCUCAAGAUUGGGAACCUUUAGAUACAAUGCUGGGUGGGGAAGUAAGAAACUACCAGUUUCCAGUGGGUAGUACCGCAGCAUAUUGCCCACCAAACGGCCAACCACCUGCAAACUCAAAAUAUUGUAACAACAACUGCUGUAAGUCGGUCUCUUCUCUACUUUCAAGUCUCGGGAUUUGUCUCCUAGUGGUUGGUUACACCCUAAUCGGAGCGCUCACUUUUAUGGCGCUCGAAGGAAGGACGAACUUGCCGUCUGAACAGAAGUCGUCAGAGCAUGACCAUUUGAGAUCGCAGACGGUAGAAAAGCUGUGGAGCAUCACCGAAGAUCUGAACAUUUUGUACAAGGACAACUGGACGAGGCUGGCGGAACAGGAGGUUCUAAAGUUCCAAAAUUUGCUCGUGAGAAAGCACAAACAGUUGAACACCGGUCAAAAAAUAUACAACUGGAAUUUCCCUUCUGCUUUUUUAUACUCUUUGACACUAAUAACAACAAUUGGAUAUGGGAAUGUCACUCCCAGGACUGCAUGGGGAAGGCUGAUAACGAUAGCAUACGCACUUGUUGGAAUACCUUUGAUGUUGGUUUAUCUUUCGACAGUCGGCGAUACACUAGCUCAACAAUUUAGGCGUCUGUACAGCAAAUUGCCCCACACCAAAAGUCAUAAGGCCAAAGCGUCUGCCAAUAAAAACGAUUCUUCUGUAAUAGGGACAAAAACUUUACUACAGAACCAUAUAUCACCUAAAAAACACGAAAUCCCUUGUCUACCUCAAGCUCGAGAGCGUGUGCCAAUUUGCCUUACAUUAUUAAUUGUAAUUGGCUAUAUAUCUGGUGGUGCCUUUUUAUUCAAUAAACUCGAAAACUGGAGUUUUAUUGAAGGUUCCUAUUUUUGUUUUACUAGCCUCGGAACGAUUGGUUUUGGAGAGCUUGUGCCUGGGACUACCAGUGGGAAUAAUGAUUUAUCAGUGUUUGUUUCCUCUGCUUUUAUAUUGAUCGGAAUGGCAAUAAUAGCUAUGUGUUUUAAUUUGAUUCAAGAUGAAAUAGUUAUAAUUCUAAGAAAAAUAAGUCUAUGGUGGCAUAAACCAGAUAAAAUAGAAGAAGAAGAUCUAUCAAUAACGGUGAAAUCAUCUUGACACCGUGAAGCACCGUCAGGAUGUGAUCUCACACUCAAAAAAAUUCCAACUGAAUUAAAACAUUACAGCCUCCCGAGGAGAAGAGAACUUAUGAAAUAUUCUAAUCACUUCACAAGAUCUACCCCGACAAGGAAUUCGACUGGAGGGUCAAGAUCGCAGGAACCUCUCAUAGAGUACUUCGUUCCGCGUAGUGUAAGUGAAUUUAACUUAUCGGUCCUUGUCGACCCGAUUCCUCCUCUUCCACCAUCAGCACUGAGAACAAACACAACAAGGACCAAAGACAAGAUGGUGACAUUCGAAGAUGACCAAUGUGCCCAGCCUCGAAAGGCACUGGCACUCGAGGAUGUUUUCAUGUGACGGAGAAAUAGUCACUAACAUAUAACUCGUGGUUGAGAGUUUAAACAACUAUGUAUAUUGACCUUAACUUUUGUAGACCAUUUAAUAAUAUUUGUUUAAAUUUAAAAAAAAAUCAAAAUUGUAAUGUAAUGUACUAGUUUGGUGGUAUGCUUGAAAUGAAAUAAAAAAAUGUAGAAUGGCUAAGAGGAAAUAACAAAUUUACUUCUGUAAGGUCCAGUAUAUUAAUUAUGGAAAUGUAUAUAUGCCAUUUUGAAUUUAAUUAAUUUAGAUUUAGCUGUGUUAUAAAACACACAGUGGAAAAAAUGUUACAAUAUAAUGUGCCAAAUUUAUUAAAUGUCAAAUCACUCAACCAAUGAUCUGUAAGAAUACAUAACAUUACCGAUCAUUUGUGAUUAAAUAAAACACUUCCAUUUUGGAUGUUCGAAUGAGAAAAGACUGUUAACAUUUUGCCAGAUUCAUUGCUCCUUUUGUUUUAUUUAUUAUGUUAUUUCAGAUUCACUCCAAAAUACUACAACGUCCUUGUUGGCACACUCAUAAAAAGUGUUUGUAGAAAAUUCUAUGAAGUUGUCUCAAUUCACCGAUCUAUUUUUACCAUUUUUAAAUUCUUUAAGGGACUUUAGGAUUGGAGGGUUCGUUUAUAACAGUGUGAUCAGCAUAUUUUAGAAUAGGUGUCGGGAUGGGAAUGUAUAUUAUUAGUACUGAAUAGACCAAGGACACCUUGAUCAAGAGAGAAUGAGAAGGUCUGACCUGUGAAGUAUGUGUCAACCUGGUUGGACUUACAGAAAGUGUGUAGAGGAUGCCCUUAAAUUUCCAGUGCCAGACUCAAUUGAAAGCCUAUUCAACCCCUGGCAGUAUUCCUUCUUACUCAAAGAAGGAUGCGAUGAUGUCUACAGCACGGUGGCUGUUGAAGAGCAUAAGAAGUACUGGAGUCUUUCUAGACAUCGAGGGUCUACUACUAAAAUUUAAGUCCUCCCUUUCGAGUAAAUACUAUCCUAAAAACAUUCCUCAACCUCUUUGAUCCAUCCUAUCCCUGGUGUUCCUGAAGGGAGCAUCUUAAGUCUGUUCCUUUUCAUCAUAUAUUUCCCUCAACACCCCAACACACUUAAGGGUACUUAAUCCUCUUUGCAAACCUUAAUCCUGUUCUAGCAGUUUGAUCCCUCCAAGACCGCCUUACCUUAGAAUCAUGAUUCUGAUUUAAAGUUUAAGACUUACUAUUCACUAAAAAAGACUUUACACAGCUUGUACUGUACUGUACUGGAUGGCUGAAAAAUCAAACCUUAACAGGAUCCAGUCAAAAAUCUUCACGCAAUUAUCGAUGCUAGACCUAGCCAAAAUCUGACAAAUCAAAUUCCCUUCUGAAUUAUGUUUCAUUCCAAUGCCCUUAUCUAUGAUCUUUCUACUCUUACUCUCCAUACGAAACCUUACAGUAGAAUGAGGCGACUCUAGCUUCCAUCGGGGUCAUAUGCAUGAAGAGGCUGCUUAACAUUGUUCAUCAACAUGUAAGCUCAUAUUCACACUUAACAUUUUUUUGUCAUAUAGCCUGUUUAUUGCAUAAAUUGAUACAGUUGUAGUUUAUUAAUAAAAAAAUAUAAUAUAAAAAAAUACGCUCUUAAUAUAUGUAAAAUUGGUUGAGUCUCUUCUGUGAUAUGUUCUCAUAAUGACACAGUAAGUAAAUAUGUUAUGGCCUCAAAAAAUGUCAUUAAAAUAUUUACAAAAAACUCAAUUUACUAACUAAUCUUAUUAGGUUAUUAGCUUUAUUUAUGUUUUAAUAUUUAUAUAAUUUAAAAACCGGAGGCAACAAAGCCUUCGCCUCUAGAUUGUGAUAAAUAUUUUUAAAGAAAUUUUAGGCUAAAUAUUUGAUUAUAGUGACAUUUUCAGUAAUAGUAAAAUAUUAAUUAAUAUAUCGACCAUUCAAUUCAAAACAAUAAAAACCGGCUCAGAUUUUCAGUGGUUAUUCGAGUAUUAAUAUUCUUUUAGGUUACAAAUAUUUCCAGCAGAAAUUGAGCAGUAUUUACAUCUUUUCUGAUGUGAAUUAACCAGAUUAUUGAUUAUGCAAAAUACAAGAUGUCAAUAUGCAAAUUGUACAUUUGAACUUAAUUUUUUGUAAAUUAUACAAAUGCUUAAUAAUUUUAAACAUCUAUUAUUUCUAUUCAAAACUAUUUAUGUAAAAUUUGAAAAAAAAAUCUGAUAGCCCUAACAAAUUGUUGCACAUAACUAUUGUGUAAUUAAUACUCCACUGCCAAUUUGAAUUUAACAGACAGAGAGUUGAUUUUAAUAAACUCAAAAACAUACACCAACUCCUAUUCAAAUUUGUUAUUACAUCCAAAUGUACUUUCUAAUUAAUAAAUUAAUGCAUUUAGUUGUGA